AAUGUUAUUAUAUAUAAUAAGCAUUGACUUCAAGUCUUCAACCAUCAAACCGACUUCAAGUCAUCGUCAACCGCAAAACCACCCUUAAUCUAAUAGAUUUGCAAAAUCUGAUUCUGAUCAUUUAUUGAUAUAUAUGAGCAUCGAUCAUUGAUCAGUGAUGAUCACCACCACCUCUGUCUCAGCAGGUUUGUGUUAAUGGCAUCGAGAUAUUUGAUCGAAUUCAUCGAUGCAGCUCUCUUCUGCACCAGCCCUUUUGGCCUAUCUUACACGGACCCUGACCAGAAAUUGCUAGUUCGAGAACACCUUCUUUCCCUCUUCCAGGAUUUCCCCUCUCUGAUCUCUUCGUUCGACACCUUCAUCCACAACGAUGGCACCACGGUCAACCUCCUGAAUGCUACCGGCGAUCUCCAAAUCUCUCCUUCCACUCCUGCAGUUCCAAUCACCAUUUGGCUGCAUGAAAACUAUCCUAAACUGGCACCCAUCGUCUUCGUCUCAUCAAACUCAACUUACCGAAUCCAAAACGACCACCCUUUCGUCGAUCCUUCCGGCGCCACGACAUCUCCCUAUCUCCAGAGCUGGUCUCAUCCGAGGAGCAAUCUUUCGGGCCUUGUCCACAACCUCAUCAACCUCUUCUCCCUGAUCCAUCCUUUCUCCAUUUCCUCUUAUCCUUCUGUCUCAUCUCAUCCUUCUGUUUUCUCAAAAAUGGAGGCUAUGGACCGACUCUCGUACUAUCUCCAUAGCGACAUGGCUGCCAUGAAGGCUGCCAUCGAGGAGGAGCUAGAGGGGCUGUCUUCCCUGCAGUCUGAAAUGAUCAAGAGGGUCGACAUGGCUUCGAGCUUGGUCAUGGCUCUCGAGCACGAAGAAUCGAGCCUGAAGAGGAGGGUGAUGCAGCUGAGAGAGCAGGCUGAUGUGUUGACAAACUGGUUGAGAGUUAAUGAUCAUCAUCAUCAUCAUCAUCAUCAAGUUAAUGUGCUUGGAGAUGAUGAUGAAAUGGAGGAUCCAUUUGAAGUUGUUGAUGAGAAGUCAAAGCUGGUUCUUGAUUGCUUUGCUGCGGACUGUGCCCUGGAGGAUGUGUUCUAUGAACUGGACAAGGCAGUUGAGCAAGGGGCUGUUAGUUUUGAGAUGUACAUCAAGCAAGUAAGAGCCUUGGCCAGAGAGCAGUUUUUUCACAGGGUUAAGGCAGAAAAUUUGAGAGGUGAGAUGAAGUUCAUUUCAAUCUGAUUUCCACUGAAAUCUUUCCAUCCUUCAUUCAUGUUUGCACUUAUCUUUCCUUCUUCUUUUUACUUUGUUUCCACCCCCCCCCCCCCCGAAUGGUUCAUACCUGUGCGAAUCUAUCAUGGUUGUAGCCAUUCAUAUACAAAAGACUAUAAAUUCUACAUCUUAUAAGUUGUUUCCUUUUCACAA